AAUCAUUUCAGGUUUAUUCCAUGGUUAAUCUUUCUGGAGGGGUGUGUACAACAAGUUUCUAAGCCUGAGUGCUUUGAUUAAGUAGCAGGCUACAGUUUUGGAAGACAUUAUUUUUUCAAUUCGAUUCCUGAAAACUUUAGACUCAAAGAGGAGGGAGAUGAAGCAUCACCUUUGAAUGGCUGAAUAAGUUGGGACUAUCAUCUCCAUAGCAGGAAAGAUUGAUAUCGAUUGCCAUAAAUCUUGUCAUUUGUACUGAAAUUUUACCCUCAAAACCCAUAGAACCUUCUUGAAAAAGAGGGUUGAACUUAUCACUGGACAAUGUUAAGAAUUCUAUCUUUACUUUUGCUGUUUCAGCCAGCAAUAGUGCUUUGUCAAGUAUGCGCUACAGGCUGGACAUUGUCAGGGGAUAAUUGUUACAAACUAAUGCCAGACAGCAAAAAUUGGCAUGAAGCACAGAUCUCCUGUGAGAACGAUGGAGGUAACCUGGCUAUGCCAAAGACACAAGAUAUCAAUGAUGUCUUGACGCAGAUGAUAAACAAUGGUGGUAGUCAUUGGAUCGGUGUACAUGAUAUCAGUACUGAGGGCAACUUUAUUUUCUCAGACAACACACCUGUUACAAACCCAUUCUGGAAUAGUGGUGAACCAAAUAAUGACUUUGGAGUGGAGGACUGUACUGAAUUAACAAACACAGGUUUUUGGAAUGACCAAGACUGCUAUGCUAUAAGGCCUUAUCUUUGCAUGAGGGACAAUGAUGUGAUUGUGAAAUGUGACGAGGGCAAUGGCUGGAUAUCUGCAGCAGACCGCUGCUACAAGUUCUAUGAUACCCCAAGCACAUGGCAGGAUGCACAAGACUACUGUCAGGAUAUCGACGGACAUCUUAUUUCAGUCAAUUCUGAAGCAGAACAGGCAGUGGUCUCAACACAAGCCAACUUUGGAGGAUCUACUCUAUGGAUUGGGUUGAGAAUGGAUUCUGGUACUUAUGGAUGGAGUAGUGGAGAGACUUUGGGAUAUACUAACUGGGCUCCAAAUCAGCCAGACAGUAGGUAUGGUUCCAGUGGUGGUAAUUGUGUAGAGGUUUUGGAUACAUCUAAUAAUGGAGAAUGGUCUACAAUGACUUGUACAGCAACCCAGAGCUUUAUGUGUGAAAGAGCAGAAGGAACAUGUCCUGAAGGAUGGCGUUUAUUCCGUGGAUACUGCUACCAGUUUAACUCAGCUACCAAACAGACAUGGAGCGAUGCUAAACACACCUGUGAGGCUCAAGGAGCUUACAUGACAUCGGUCCUCUCAGAUGUUGAGAACAAGUACAUCAGGGAUUAUUUCCUUGAUCUGGAGAACCUUGGCAUUUCAUCUACAUGGAUUGGAAUCUCUGACAAUGAGAAUGAUGGAUCAUUUGCAUGGAGUGAAGGUAGUUCAGUAGGUUACACUAACUGGAGUCCCAAUGAACCAACUGAUAAUGCUAACUCACCUGACUGUGGAUCCAUGAUGACAGCUGGAGGAGAUGGUAGCUGGUCAACUAAAAACUGUUUCACUUUAGAGGCUUUUGUGUGUAAAGUCAGAUCAAGUCAACCCAUCUUCCCCUUGGACCCUAAUAAUCCUAUUGGAUCUUGUGAAGCUGGCUGGACCCUGAAUAGAGAUCACUGUUACAAGGUUGUGAAUAAUGCAGCAUAUUUUGAUGAUGCUGAGGCCAAUUGUGUCUCCAUGGGAUCUCAUCUGACCAGCGUCAAUGACCAAGAAGAACAGUCGUUCCUCUCAAUGCGUGCUAGUAUGGCUGAGCGUAAUCUCUACAUUGGUUUUCAUGACUUGAAUAGUGAGAACAACUUUGAAUGGACUGAUGGCUCUCCAGUAACUUUCACCAACUGGGGACCUAAUCAGCCCGAUGAUUGGAGUGAUGAUGGUCAGGAUUGUACCUUUAUGAAAUGGGGAGAAGAUGUAGAGGGUAUCUGGGAUGAUAUAAACUGUGAUAAGACACGUACUGCUUAUGUCUGCAAAAAGGCGAAGAUUCCAGGACAAGUUCAGCCUCCACCUGCUGUGCCAACACCUGUGUUUGAUCCUCGAUGUGGUAAUGGCUGGGAAUACGACUCCAUCUCAGGGAACUGUUAUCUCUUCAAGACCACUGAUUACAGGACUUGGGAUGAUUCAAGGAUUCAAUGUAAACUUGGUGGAGGAGAACUACUCAGUAUAAUAGAUCAGACAGAACAAACUUAUAUCAAUGCUCGUCUUGUAUAUGUGACUCAGUCUAGCCUGUGGAUAGGAGCUAAUGAUCUUUCAUUAGAAGGAGGAUGGCAGUGGAGUGACGGUAGUGGGUUUGCAUACCUCAAUUGGAGUCCUGAUGAACCUAAUAACUAUGAUCCAGGAGAACAUUGUGUCCAGAUCUAUUAUGCUACUGGCCAAUGGAAUGAUUUCUUCUGUGACAGGGAAAUUGGCUACAUCUGUAAAAAGAAUGGCUAUCUGACCACACAUUAUAAUGUGGUAUCCAACUACUACCUGGAUGGCAAUGAUGUUAUUAUCCUGCAGGGAAUGUACCCUGAGGACUGCGCUCAUGCUUGCAUCACUACAACUGACUUCAACUGUCUCUCAUUUGAUUACAACCGUGAUUCCAUGGAGUGCGCCCUCAGUGACAUGACACAGGACAUGCAAGGCACCAUGCUCAGAGGAGGCAGCAAUAGAGAUUAUUAUCAACGAUUAACUGAUGUCGUUGACCCAGUACCCACCACUAUACCACCUGGUUACCGAUGUCGUAAUGGCUGGGCACCAUAUGGUGAUAACUGCUACUAUGUCCAGAUAGCUACAGGAAACUACAACCAAGCUGUGUCCCAGUGUAGGGCUCUUGGAGCUGAACUUGUAUCAAUCCAUGAUGCCAAUGAAAAUAGCUUUAUCCAAUCACUCUAUGCCUCAGCUGGUAUUAAUAGUGCUGUAUGGAUUGGAUUGAAUGACCUUAGGGUUCAGAUGUUAUUUGAAUGGAGCGAUGGUACCCCUGUAGACUAUACCUAUUGGAACACUGGAGAACCUAACAACUACAAUGGAAACAAUGAGGACUGUGUUGAGAUGUUUAACAAUGGAGCUUGGAAUGACAUUGACUGUAGCAGUACCAUUCCAUCCAUAUGUAAGCUGAAGAAAGAGAAUCUACCACCUACAGAUCAACCAAUCACACCUUCAGGAUGCAAUCUGGGAGAGGUAGCUUAUGGAGGAUCUUGUUACAUGGCAGUGACUACACCUAUGUCAUGGACUGAUGCACAAAAUGAUUGCUCCAACAAGGGAGGAAACUUAGUAUCUAUUGCUGACAGGUUUGAACAGUCUGUGGUAUCCAGUCUUCUUGGUCUUCAAGAUGGUACCCUAUUCUGGAUUGGAUUAAAUGAUUUAGGGAACUAUGGAGAGUAUGCAUGGAGUGACAUGACUGCAAUCACAUUCACCCACUGGGAUGUAGGUCAGCCAGAUGAUUCUAAUGGAUAUUGCGUGGCAUCAUCGUCCGGCAGUGCCGCUGGUCUAUGGAGAAACAUCCAGUGUGAUACUGAAUCUAAAUACAUAUGUGAGAGGGUUAGGACCGGUUACACACCCCGUCCAACUGUUCCAGCUCCUGGACCCCCAACACUCCCCAAUGAUGAUGGUUGUUAUUAUGGAUGGGUUGGCUAUGGUGGCUGGUGCUUCAAGAUUGAAACCGGUGAAGACCCUAACCUGGAAACUGAUGCUGAUAAGAUCAAGCGUAGCUGGGGUACUGCUCGUGAUGCUUGUGUAUCUGAUGGUGCUGAACUUGCUAGUUUCCAUGACCCUGAUGAAGAGGCUUAUAUCAAGUCAAAAAUCCCAAUGCCUGAUGAUGGUUACUGGAUUGGUCUCCAUGAUAGAUCUGUAGAAACUGGAUUUGAGUGGAGUGAUAGGACACCUGUAGAUUAUACCAAUUGGUGGGAAGGAGAACCAAACAAUGCUGGUAACCUAGGAGAAGAUUGUGUUGAAAUGUUCGGUAACCACCGUGGCUGGAAUGACAAGGAGUGCAGCAGUUUAAGGAACUGGAUCUGCAAGCUUGCUAAAGGAGUUAAGCCUAAAUCAACCCUCCCACCAUCAACAGUUACACCAUGGCCCCAGUGUCCCACAGACCCUGAUUGGGUCUUGUUCCAGAACUAUUGUUACUUCUUCAGUGGUGGUCUGACUAGCUCUGAUAAGAGGUUAGGUUGGAAUGAUGCUAACUCAUACUGUAUGCAACGUGGUGGAUACCUGGUCUCGCUACAUUCUACCAAUGAGAACAACUUCCUGCAAUCAAUGCUCACAAGAUACACAGACAGUAAUGACUGGAUAGGUCUGAGGACAUAUAGCGGUUCUGGAUUUUAUGAAUGGUCUGAUGGAUCUCCUCUUGACUUCCAAUCCUGGAAUGCUAAUGAACCUAAUGAUGCUAAUGGUGAAGAAGAAUGUGCAGAGUUCUACCAAGAUGGAUCUUGGAAUGACUUGAACUGUGGUGACAAGCUUAGCUUUGUCUGCAAGAAGGCUGUAUCAUCUGUGCAACCUGUCACUAAUGCUCCUACACCCGUCCCUCAAGGAAACUGCCCAGUGGGGACCAUGCGAUUUGACAACAUGUGCUACCGCAUGAUUGGUGCAAACUCGGCUGACCGAAAUACCUGGUACAAUGCAAGGGACAUCUGCAGGAAUACAUAUAAUGGAGAUCUGGCAACAAUACACAGCCAGGCUUUGCAGUCAUUCUUCAUCACUCAAAUGAAAGGAAUUGAUUACCAGAUGUACAUUGGAUUGAGUGACUCUCUUAACAAUGGUCAAUUUAGAUGGACUGAUGGCACUUCUGUAGAUUUUACUAACUGGAAUGCUGAUGAACCUAAUGAUCAUAAUGGUGAUGAAGACUGUGUUGAGAUGAUAGAGCCUCCUGAGCGUGCUGGAAAAUGGAAUGAUCAGACCUGUAAUGAUUACAAUGCUUUUAUCUGCCAGUCUCCAUUGGAUCUCAAUGCACCAGAACCACCCCCACAGACAAGCGAUUGCCGUAGUGGAUUUUCACAGUACGGAGACAGCUGCUUCAAGGUUGUUCCGAGGACAAUGUCUUAUUCUGAUGCCAUCCAGGCCUGUCGCAAUGAGGGAGCAGACACCACACUUGCAAGCAUCGUAGACACAUAUGAGAAUGCCUAUGUAGAAACCUUGCUGCAUUAUAAUGGAGAUGUCAUGCUAUGGUUAGGUCUUCUCGAUGAUAAGGCAAGUGGACAAUACAAGUGGGUUGACAGUCAUCCUGUAUGGUAUACCAACUGGGGACAGGGUGAACCAAGCCGAGGUAGUGGUGAAGGAUGUAUAGCCGUUGGUCUUGGUGGCUGGGAUGACCACUCCUGCAGUGACCAGCUAGGAGCUCUAUGUAAAUAUAGCCGAGUGCCUAUCCCCACCAACCAUCCAGAUUUACCAGGAACCUGCCCAGAAUCCUGGGUCUCCUAUGGCUCUGAUUGUUACUUCUUCUCUUCAGCUACGGCUGAGAGGGCAUCCUGGCCUUCAGCUGAGUACAUCUGUAGACAAGGAGGAGGUCAUCUGGCUAGUAUACACUCCAAACAGGAGAAUGAAUGGAUCAGGAAUAGACUGGCCCAGGAGUUGCCUGAUGCCUGGAUCGGAUUUGAGGCCACACCAUCAACUGCCUUUGCUUGGAGUGAUGACACUCCUGUAGACUACACCAACUGGAAUCCUGGUGAACCUAACUCAAACUUCCUUGGUGAUGAGGAUUGUGCUGAGAUGUAUCUAGAGACAGGAAAAUGGAAUGAUUUAGAUUGUCUAACUCUUCAAGGAUAUGUCUGUAAAACACCCAAAACUCCGCUGUCAGGCCAGCCUACUCAGGCUCCUCCCAAGACCCUAGCUCCAGGACAAACAACUAAAGCUCAAGGACCAGGGGAAAACACAAAAGACACUCCAACAAACAGUGCUCCAAUUUCUUCUGGUGUUUCAACUGGAGCUAUCGCUGGUAUCAUCAUUGGUGUUGUCCUCAUUGUCUGCAUCACAGGAGUUCUAAUGUUCUUCUUGUAUUCAUCCAGAAACAAGGCCCCUCUCAAAACUCCAGAAAUUCCAACAAGCACAGGCUUUGAGAAUGUGGUUUAUAAUGAAAAAGAUGGUACCAAACUUUCAGCUUUUGAAACCAAUGCAUAAUGUUUUGUUUGUAGUAUUUAUAUAGUUUUUAUGUCACUGUCAUUAACAGUGAUUUGUUUGGAACGUUACCUCAAGUUAGAAACCAAAUCCUUGCAUAUAUGUCUGUAUUUACAAAGGUAUUCUUACUUCAUAAAAGAAUAAUAUUUGGGACUAUAAAAAAUGACAACUUUUCCUAUGCUGUCACAUCCCUUAUUUUCCAUCAGACUUAAGCUUUAAUGGUUAAGUAAACCAUUCAACACAGAUAUUACUGCAUUUUCAUAACCUAUAAGAAUACUUAUACAUAAAACAUUUAUUUUUGAAACACUAGUUAAUUUAGUUAAUUUACUUUUAUUCUACCAUCAAGUUCCAGUAGUUAUAUAUUCAAGAAAGUUGUAAUUCAAUGCAAGUCAAUUUUAGAUCCCAAAUCAAUUUAAAAGUCUUGCAAUUGAUUUCUGGGGUGAUCACCUGUAUGCAUUCUGCAAAUGUAUCAGGGAUUUGUAAUACCACUUUGUCU